AUGCGUAUGCUCAAAUCGAGCAAUGCUACCAUUCUGCCAAACGAGACUGAAUUUACAAACGCUACUCUCAAGACAAGAGAGCUUGUGCCUCCAGCAUAUGUCCUCGAGCCACUCACCGGUCGAAAAAUCUACGGUGUCUCGGACCUCAGUCCUGGUUUUCUUGACUUCGCAUCGUUGCCGGAAAUGGUAGGAAUGGCCAAGCGUCAAUCUGCAAAACGACAAUGCGACGCGUCAACACCUUGUCCGGAUGGUAGUUGCUGCAACAAGAGCGGAAGAUGUGGUUUUGGAAAAGAGAACUGUGGAGAUGGCUGCGAAUCGAACUGCGAUGCAAAGGCUUUCUGCGGCAAAGACAGCGAAGACGGAAACUCAAAAUGUCCAUUAAAUGUGUGCUGUAGCUUCUUCGGCUAUUGUGGUGUUGAAUCGGAAUUCUGCCUCGGAAACGGUCCCACACAGCCUUGCCAGGCUGGCAUGGGGAGCUGUGAAGUUAAGGCAGCUCCAACUUGCGGUGGUGCAACAUCGGCCGGGCGGAGCAUCGGAUAUUAUCAGGGUGGAAACGUUCGCGAUAGGCAAUGCAAUCGCAUCUCACCUAAGGACAUCAAUACCAAAGGACUAACUCACCUGAAUUUUGCAUUCGCAACUAUUGAUCCUGACACUUUCGAGGUGUUGCCGGCCAACUCGGCUGAUUCGGACCUAUACAAGGAGUUCACAGGGCUGAAGUCUUCCACGCUGCAGACGUGGAUUGCUAUUGGCGGCUGGGACUUCAACGACCCUGGUCCAACAAGAACUACUUUCAGUAACCUGGCCCGUACUGCUGCUCGUCGUGCACGGUUUAUCACAUCGUUAAAAGCUUUCCUGACGAAGUAUGGCUUCCAAGGCGUCGACAUCGACUGGGAAUAUCCCGGAGCUCCAGAUAGAGGCGGUAUCAAAGAAGACACAGAUAACUAUGUUGCGUUAGCCAAAGAGAUGAGAGCCUCUUUUGGCGCACAGUUUGGUAUCAGUAUGGCGAUUCCCUCGGCUUACUGGUAUAUGCGUUGGUUCAAGUUGAAAGAGAUGGAGCCUUACGUCGAUUGGUUCGGUGUCAUGUCCUACGAUCUACAUGGACCUUGGGACGCUCAAGUGUUACAGAUUGGAAAGGUGGUUCUCGGUCACACCAAUAUCCCAGAGAUCGCCAACUGGACGCUUCCUCUGGCUUACGAAGGCGUGAACCCAGCAAAGCUCAACCUGGGUCUUGCCUAUUAUGCACGAGGCUAUACCGUUGCUGACCAAAACUGUAAUGGUGUAGGUUGUGCAUGGUCAGGUACCAGCCGACCUGGUCCCUGCACCAACUUUGGUGGUGUCAUGUCUCUUCAAGAGAUCGAAAACCAAAUCAUUCCUCAACUCGGAGUCAAGCCUACUCUUCUUGAGCAAGACAUGAUGAUGGAGUUGAAAUGGGGCAAUCAGUGGAUAGGCUACGAUAACAUGGAGACGAUUGCGAUGAAGAAGCAAUGGGCUAACCAGCACUGCUUUGGUGGCACGAUGAUCUGGUCUGUUGACUUCUACUCUGGGUCUGGAAGCGGAGAUAUCCCUGACGGUGGCGGAUCCGAUAACCCCGACAGCCCAGGAGGCGGUCAGAACGGCGGUGGCGGCAGCGUGGUGUACAUCGACCCAUCGAUUUACAACAAACCAGAUCCGGUGGUCAACUGUAUUGCGCCCUGUACGCUCAUCCUGCCACCACUACAGCUCUCUACAAAGACUACGAUUAGCUUUCCUCCAUACGUUACCAGUCUCGACGUCGCAUGGUCAGAAUCAACCGGUUGGACGUCCAUCGUGCAGACCACCACACUUACAAUCCCGCCUGUCACAACCACGGAGAUUGAGGUAUGGGCAGUGACCAUCACUGACACGAGGACUGGUACUGGCGUUGACGUGUGGUCUACGUUCUCGAUUACCCCUAGUAUCAAGCCCCCUCCAUUUACCAUCACGAAUAAUCCAAACCCGCUUACCACUCCGGGAGUGAGCCACCCAGCUGUGACCAGGACUAUCACUCCUCCACCGUACCCGUACUCGUACACCCCGCCAAGCAACUCCAAACCUACCACAACGACGAGAUCGUCUACGGACCCCAUAGCUGCCAUCAUUUUCCCAAGACCUACCUGGAAGCCUGGAAAACCAGGUCCCAUCUGCAAGUCGAAGUGCGGAAAGCCCUGUCUCAUCUUCUGUAACCACCCAUGCCUGCUGGACUGCACUGAUGGAGGUAUCGACUUCCCUGACCCUAAGAACCCCAACCCUCCAAAAAAGCCGACUCCCAAUCCGAAACCAGACCCAGAACCAUCUGGAAAGCCCGUCUCACCACCACCACGACCCUCUGACCCUAAAGGUGAUGACCCUCAGGAUGAGGAACAGGAAGAAGACGACCAGGCUUGCGCUCUCGAAAUGGGCCUGCCGCUUCCCACAUACCGUCCUACGACAUCAACAACGAGUGUCGCACCAAAGCCAACAGCUCCCGCCCCAUCGCCGUCGCCUCCACCGGACCCACCAAAGCCUAAUCGCAACACUGAAAACAAGAAAUGCUAUGAUAGCGGUGCGUUGGUGACGCGUGGCAUGAUGAUCGACGCCAUCGAGGCUUUCUGCGACUUCCACGAGGGCACUGUCCUUGAUGCUUCACGCCCCGACACGCAGCGCACUCUGUCCAAUGGCGACGGGUACGGCGCGCACUGCAUGGGUGAGCUGGGAUGCUUUGUGCAUAUUUACAUCUCCGUGACAGCCAUCAAUGGAUGUAAGUGGAAGAUGGAGGGCAGUGGAGCGAACCAGGAGUGUGGCAGGAUCCUGAGAAGGGCUGUGGAUGAAUGUGAUCAGAGCAGUACCGAGCAUAAGCAAGGAGGUACUGUCGACAGCAAUUGUGCGCAGUGGAAGAUUGAUCCUGAUGCGUACUGGUAA